AUGGCUAGAAUCGCAGAAUUGGAGCAGACUGCAAAAGAAAAAGAUGAGCUCAAGGCUAGAGAGAGUACCAGAUGCGAAGCUGAGAAUGUCAGAAUUAAGACACGAUUUUGGGGAGCUCAAACAACAAACUCAA